AUGGCUGCGUUAGCGUUACUGCUUCAUGCACUAGGUCAUAAAAUAACAGGAUCCGAUACCGAAGAUGUCUUUUAUACUGAUGCAAUGCUGCACAGUGCUGGUAUACCAUACUAUACCCAUUUUAGCCCCAGCAAUAUCCCCAAAGAUAUUGAAAUGGUAAUAUAUUCUGCGGCAUAUACUAGAGAAAAUAAUGUAGAGCUAGCCUUUGCUAAGCAGAAUUGUACUACCUAUUCCUACCCUGAAGCAUUGGGUUUGUAUUCUCAGAUGCAGGAUUCGUGGGCGGUUAUAGGAACGCAUGGUAAAACAUCAUGCACCGCACUUAUAGGGGCAUUAGCACGUUCACAGAAUCUUCCAGUAAGCGCUAUUACUGGAGCUCGAGUUGCUGCAUUUAAUGACAACGCAUGCUUUAUGGAUGGGGCAGAGGCAUUCAUUGCUGAAGUGUGUGAGUAUAGAGGGCAUCUUAUGAACUUUAUUCCUACUGGUAUUGUGUUUCUGAAUGCUGAGUGGGAUCAUACAGACUACUUCAAACACGAACAGGAGGUGUUUCAG